AUGGGGCUAGUCAUGGUCCAUGCCCUGGCCACAGCCCGCGGGGUGAUGUCCACGGGGUCCCCGGCAAGGGCGGAGGCGGCGGCGGCCAUGGCGCGGCAGCUGGGCACGGUGCAGGAGAAGCUGGACGUGAACUGGCGCAGCUCCGCGGCGGCGGUGUGGCAGCACCUGGAGGGGGCGGCCCUUGCCGGCGCCUGGCUCACCAUCUCGCUGGACUCCUCCACACACGUGCAAGUCCUGUCAGCGUUGGCCCAGGACUUGCACAGCCACUUGAACAUGGCGCGAGUGAACUUGCAGGCCGGUGCCACGCCUGGCGCCUGGGGCUGGGUGACGCUGGAGUGUCACCAGGCGCUGCUGGCACCGCAGCGGCUGCCCCUGCUGCUGCUCCAAGCCUUCCGCCCGGUGACUUUGCCCAGCCCCAGCCUGGAGGCGCUCUGCGAGCUAUGGUUCCUGUCCAGCAGCUCACGGCCCAUCAUCGCCAAGUCCACCGCUCGCCUGGCAGCCUUCGCCUGGCGCUUUUGCGAGGCCAGCGGGCUGACUUGCAAGCGCAAGCUCGAGGCUGGAUGCUUGCCGCUCUGGCCGCUGCGGAUUUUGUGCGAGACCACCGCGAAGCUCAUGAUCCAGGUGCGGGGCGCGCGGCGAGGGGGCAAGGGCCGCGUGUCCAGCUCCGUGUUCAACACCCUGGGCCCGGAGAAGCGCACUAGCGGGCAGGAUGUGCUGAGAAAAUCCAGCGUCACCGGGUUGAAUCCGGAGGAAACAGGUUCCCGGAAAUCCUCGGAGCGGCAAGCUUCCACGGAGCGGCGAGUCUCCGAGCGCCGGGCCUCCGGUCAAGGAGAGUUUUGUUGGGAGACACGGUGGCGCCGAGCUGGGCGCGGGCCUCCCUGCUAUGCGCCUUCAAGCUUUGCUUCUUCGAGCAGGAUGGUGUCUCAGAGCUCUGCAAGCUGA